AUGAGCUAUUUAUCAUGUGAAAAUAAUAUCAUGUCUAUUAAUACAACCGCCACUUCAACACUAGCGAACACUGAUGACACAACAACAAUAAAUAAAAAUGUACAAUUAAUUAAAUCUACAUUACCACAAGAAUUAUCAGAAUUAGACAACAAUGAAGAUAAAGAAGAGUCACAAACCCACAAAAGCACGUGGUUAAAAUUGUUACAACUCAUAACGUCAUCAGAUAUCGAACCAAGUUCGGAAGAUAGACUGAAAUUUACUCAAGAACUAAAAAAUAGUUCUCAUCAUUUAUCAAAAUUGUUAAACGAUAAAUCUGAAACCGGAGUUACGCUUUUAAUUUAUUCUAUUGUGUAUAAUAAACCAAGUUAUAUCGAACUAUUGUUAUUAUCCUCUUAUUCUGAUGCCGAUCAUGUACUCGAUUUAAAUUUAUACGAUAACAUUGUUGGGUAUACUCCGCUGAUGUGGUGUUUUGUAUUGCAAAACAAAGACUGUCUAUUGGAAUUAUUGAAUAACGUUGAUGAUAUUGAUUUCCAGUUAAAAAGAGAUUCACUCACUGCUUUUGACUUAUUGAUACCUAAUACGUCCUUUUAUAAUUUUGUAGAAGAUCACAAUUUAUUACCCCUGCUAACGCCAACUGGGACGGCACUUAAUGGUGCCCACACUAGUAUUGAUAUUCACAAUAAUGCUUCCUUUAACAACGAACACGAUCCUGUUUUAGACUCUAUUGCGUUACAAACUGCGGGUUUACGAAUAAAAUCAGAAGAUUUGUUUAAACCAUCAUCGCCCAAUAAGCAUACAUUGGACCGUGCCUCUAGUAUUAACAUUAAUGAUGAUUUUACAGACACCAUGCUUUUCAAUUACGAUAAAUUAGAGCCAGAUCAAUACAUUAUGUUUGGAGAUUACGAUAUUUCUGCUAUAUUAGAAUAUUUAUUGAAAUUACCAGUUAAACACCAACAUAAGCCUAUUAUACCUGCAUCGAUUGUUUUUCAAUGCAUUAGAUAUGCGGACAAAUCAUUAAACAGUGAGACUUUGGUAAAUAACUUUAUUGAUCUAUGUAUUACUAAAAUAUUGUCCACUUCUACAAACACUAAAAGUGGUGUAGUAUCUAGUACAACCAAGGAUGACAAUGUCAAUAGUGGUGAUGUUGUCUUACAAUCUUACUGGUUGGGAUGCUUUAAUAUAUUGUAUUAUCAUCUUUUGAAACAAGAUAAUUUUUUUAAAAAAUAUCCACAAGUAUUGCAAAAUUUAGUUAUUGGUAGUAGAUCGUUAAUGAUUGAAUUAUGCUACUCUAUACAUUCUAGGGUUGUUCCAUUAAUCCAGACCACUAUAUUUGAUUACACUACAUUAAACCAAGUCAAGGAAACUUUAUACAAAAAAGAUUGGAAUUUUUUCAAGAAAAGCGGAUCUAAUAGCACUAAUGGUACAAACGAAACUGCUGCACCAAACACGGACUGUCCUGUAAAAAAAAAACAAAAUAAGGAUUCUUAUGAUGAGAUAUUAAAAAUGUUAUACCCACCAACUUUAGAGGAACAAAUGAAACCCUCUCCAAUGAAAAUCGUUCAGGUUUAUAGUGCUCUAAUUUAUGUGUUAAACUUAAAUUCUGUACAUGAGCUAAUUUCACAACAGUGUUUGUCACUUGUAAUGAAGUGGUUCAACGCGGUCACCUUUAAUUCGAUUAUGAAAAAUAAGUCAAGGAAAUUUUUAUGUAGAGCCAAAGCUAUGCAAAUCAGGUUGAAUUUAAGUGUUAUACAAGAUUGGGUUAUGGUGAAUAAUUUGACACCUUUCAAACCCACUGUCUCUAUAGAUGAAUUUAUGUGGGAUCGAUUUCCUUACACUUUAAUACAAAAUCUAGCAGAUAUAGAUCUGGAUAACCAAAUGGAACUAAACAAAAAACUAAAAUUUGUAAUCCAUGCAUCCAGCAAAGCGAAAGUGUUGAAUGAGACCAAUUCUUUAUUUUUUUACCAAUCCUUCAUUAAAAUUGCCAGUAUUCAUUUGCAACCCCUACUUCAAAUCUUGGAGUGGUUACAAGUAGCAACAACUUUGAAAGAUGAGGAAUCAUUAAAUGCAACAUUAAAAUUGUUGGAUUAUUUGAAACCACAACAAAUUUUGAAAAUUAUGGACAGAUAUAGGUACGAAAUUGAUGAACCCAAUUUUGCAUUUAAAAAACAAUUAAGAGCAAAAUUAAAAAAAAAAAACAGGUUAAGUUUCACAUUUUCAAGAAGCAAUGGUAAUAGCAGCACACUCAGUCACAGUAUUAACAGCGAUGAUUACUUGAAAGAGGAUGAAACACCAAUUGGUAUUGCAUUACCUACCUUGAUUGAACUAUUACCAUUGUACGGUGGAACGUCUGAUUAUUCUCCUUUACUACCGAUAGAAAUUCAGGAUGAGCUUGAUUUACUUCUAGAAAAUAAUAAAAAUAUACGAGAACAGAAGCAGAAUGACUAUAAUAACAAUAGUUCUGGCAGUGAUUAUGAAUCUUAUUGUACUGAUAAUCAAGAGGAAAAUCAUGGUAAUUUCGAAAAUAAUGUUACAGGAAAUCCAAUAGAUAAUGUCAGCGAACGUUUUUUUGAUAAUCAAGAAGUAGAAAAAACUGGACAUGACACUCACGAUAACUUUUCUAUUUCAUUUAAGGAUGAUAAAGGAAAGGCCGAUAUUUUUAAGGAGCUAAAUGUUCCAUCUGUAGCUGCCACUAAAAGACAAUCUUGGAUUCAACCAACGCCAGAAAUCGAAGAAAAUCCAUGGUAA